AUGGAUACUAGAACUUUACCACCAGAAUUUCAUUCUGAAUUAGCAAAAUUGAAAAAGGAAUUGGAAGAAGAAUAUAUAACAGAAAAAGGUUUCGAAAAAGAAAAGAAUGCAUUGUUAGAAAAAUAUAAACAGUAUACUUCCGUCGAGAAUAAUGUUAUAGAUGUGAGAAUAAAUGAUUUAUCAAUAUCUGAUUAUGGAAGGGAUAUUAGCAAUAAUUUACAAAAUUUUUACGCUAAAAAUGGAGAUAUUAAUUCACAUAAAGCUUAUAGGUCAGAGGAUAUGAGCAAUAACCUUUAUUCGAAUAAUGAUGAAAUUUCUUACUCUCAUAAUCAGGAUAUUCCAUCAUUUGGUCAUCCAAAUCAGCAUCGUUAUUCAAGUCAAAUAACAAUGCCUUUACAUACGAAUGUUCAUCAUUCUCAUAAUCGUACUCAAAGUGUCGAUGCAAUAGAUACUUAUAAUCGGAGACAUGUUUCAUUGUCGCGAAAAACAGAUUUGAACGGUCCAAAUUUAAAUAUUUCUGUAGCUCCACCUGUACCUUCUUCUUUAGAUCCUAAUUCUCGAUGGAAUUCAUUACCACCUACUCCAAGUGGGUAUAUUCCUGUACAAUCUCAACAAGUCUAUAAUUCUUCACCUCCUUAUCAUCCUUCAUCAAUUGGACGACCAAUGGUAGGGAGACCUAGACCACCAUUACCACCAACUCCAUAUAACAUUCCGUACGCAAAUAAUGGAAUGUAUGGUGUAAUGCCUAGACCAGUACCCGGAUCUCAUGCUAUUAGACCUCAAACACGCCCAUUACAAUAUAUGAGACCACCUUUUAAUACUGUUGACAUUCCAAUGGCAGGAAGGACACAACAACUUAUUAACGAAGAACUGGAUGUAGGCGUAGGAAGGCAAAAUUUUGAAGCUACCCGAAUUCAAGAUGAUAAUGUAUCAAUUAGAUCUAGUAAAUCUUAUUAUGGCUUCAAAUUGGAUGGUUCAGCAAGUCAAACCAUACCUAGUGAUGAAAGAUUCAUUAAACCUGAAGAUAUACCUAGAAGAGAUAAUGGAAAUAGAUUUUCAUUAUAUAAUAAUCAGUUACAUACUGACGCCUUAGAAGAUUUGGAAAAUUUUGAUCCAAGUCUUUCAAAAUUGGCCGGUCGACAAUUCAUGCCAUUCGAACCUAGAGAAAUUCCUUUUAAGAUGUCUGACUCAUUAAAUCCUUCGCAACUUCUUUCUGAUUUCUCUAAUGUAGCUGCAAUCCUUAAGUAUAGAGGUAGUAAUACUCCAAAAAAAAGAGCUUUUCUAGCCGUUGAUCAAAAAGGACGUGAACUUGGUGAUUUGAAUUGGGAAAAAUUAAAUUCGAAAGCUGAAAAAAUUGGUCAAAUUAUAAUACGUGAUAGUGGAUUAAUGAUGGGUGAAAGGGUUGCUUUAAUAUAUCGUAAAAAUGAAGUACUCGAAUUUUUAACUGCCUUAUAUGGUUGUUUUUAUGCUGGUGUCGUGGCUGUACCAAUUAAUGCUGUCGAAAAAUUUGAUGAACUUUUAUUCAUACUUGAAAGUUCAAGCGCUAAAUUAGUACUAACAACUAAUAAUAAUUAUAAAGUAUUUACUCAAGAUUUAGCGAAACAACAAAAAGAAUUACCAAAAUCUGUACUUUGGUGGAAAACUGAUGAAUAUGGUUCUUUGAAAAAAGGUGAAAGAAUUGGAAGGUUUAAUUCUACUGAGAUAGCGUAUAUUGAAUACACUAAAAGUCCUAAUGGUGAAUUGAAAGGUGUAGUAAUAAGUCAUAAAACAAUAUUAGCUCAAUGUAAAGUAAUGAGUGGAAGUGUUAUAGAUAAUAAAUCUCGGAAAAAAGUGAAUGAAGGAAGUAAUGAAGCGACUACGUGGACGCAAGACACGGUGUUAACUUAUUUAGAACCUAGACAACAAAUAGGACUGUUAUUAGGUACAUUAUGGGGAGUUUAUAGUGGAAAUUUAACGGUAUUUUUAGCGAGUCUUGGACCAGACACCCCAGGGCUUUGGACAAGUUGCGUUUCUAAAUAUCAAGAUACUCUAACGGUUGAUCCCAUGAUAAAUGAAAUAAUAGCUGAAAAAUUUUUAAAACCAUUAGGUGUAAAAUAUCCAUUAGAUGUAAUAACUCCAUUAAUUAGUUUACCAGAACAUGGAGGUAUGAUACUUAGUUUUGGUGAUUUAUUGGGUGUUCAAGGACUUGAUGAUCGUAAUGAAGGGGAAAGGAAAACAAAAGAAUAUUUGUUGAGUAGGGAAGGAUUGAAAGAGAAUAAAAUUAUUAUAUGGUCUGGUGAAGGAGGAAAACAUAAAGAUAAAAGAUUUAUAAAAGUUGGUGCUUUUGGAUUUGUAAUGCCAGAAGCAACCAUUGCAGUAGUAGAUCCAGAGACAAGGGCAUUAUGUCUUCCGGAUACAGUAGGUGAAAUAUGGGUGGAUUCGCCUUCAUUAUCUGGAGGAUUUUGGAAUUUACCUAAACAUACUGAAUCAAUAUUUCAUGCUCGACCAAUAUUUGUACCACCUGAUACCUCAAAACCGGAAUAUUUUGAACAAGAAUUCUUAAGAACUGGAUUAUUAGGAACAUUAAUUAACGGGCAAUUGGUAGUGUUUGGAUUGUAUGAACAUAGAAUAAGACAAUUUAUUGAAGUUAAACAUGUAGAAGAAGAAAAAAAAUUGGAGAGAUGGAAGUAUCAUUAUACGUUAGAUUUGGAAACUACUGCUAAAAGAAUGGUUGAAGGUGUUUCUGACUG